AUGAGAUUCUCAGCGGUGAGUUUUGUCAUAGUAUUGGUUGUGGUAGAUGAAGCCACAUGUUUCACUUUCAACAGAGAGGAAAAGCUGUCAGAAUACAAGAACAAACUUGAACAAAAAUUAGCUAGUCCUUUGUUUCCCCCCAUGGCAUCACCAACCAAGAUGAGUGGGAGGGUGUUGUACCUUAGUGAAUAUGGUGCAGACCCAUCAGGGUCUGAAGAGAGUAGUGAUGCAAUUUUGAAAGCUGUGGAUGAAGCCUUUGGGUUGCAAAAGGGUCUUGAAUUGGUGAGAGGAGUGAAUGACCUUGGUGGUGUUGUCAUUGAUUUACAAGGUGGGAACUACAAAAUCAGCAAGCCCAUUACAUUCCCUUCAUCUGGUGGUGGCAAUGUUGUGGUGAAAGGAGGAACCUUGAGAGCGUCUGAUACAUUUCCUGGUGAUCGACAUCUAGUUGAGCUAUGGUCAUCAAAUUCGGGUAAACUUGAGACUAAAGAAUCACUGCAUGUUGAUGGCAUCAACGACAUUAAAGCUGAAACAAAUGCAAUUUAUUAUGAAGACAUAACCUUCCGCGACAUACUCUUUGAUUCAAGCUAUAGAGGAGGAGGAAUAUUCGUUGUUGAUUCUGCUAGAACCCGGAUCAACAAUUGCUUCUUCCUUCAUUUCACCACUGAAGGAAUUCUGGUCCAGCAAGGACACGAAACCUUCAUAUCAAGUUGUUUUCUUGGGCAGCACUCAACCGUUGGUGGCGACAGAGGUGAGAAGGAUUUUUCAGGGGUUGCCAUUGAUCUUGCUAGUAAUGAUAAUGCUGUCACAGAUGUUGCAAUUUUCUCUGCAGCCAUUGGUGUUAUGCUAAGGGGUCAAGCUAACAUUCUAACAGGGGUACAUUGUUAUAACAAGGCAACAUCUUUUGGUGGUAUAGGCAUUUUGGUGAAAUUGACAGGUAAUUCACAAACUAGAAUUGACAAUUGUUAUUUAGAUUAUACUGGCCUAGUCAUGGAAGACCCUGUUCAGGUUCAUGUCACCAAUGGCUUAUUUAUUGGGGAUGCUAGUAUUUUAUUGAAGUCUAUUAAAGGUCAAAUUUUUGGCCUAAAUAUUGUGGAUAAUAUGUUUAGUGGUGACCCCAGUACGAAGGUUCCAAUUGUAAAUCUAGAUGGGCAAUUCAGUAUCAUUGAUCAAGUGGUGAUCGAUAGAAACAAUGUGAACGGCAUGAGCUUGAGAUCAACGGUUGGGAAGUUAACUGUGAGCGGAAACGGCACAAAAUGGGUGGCUGAUUUUUCAUCGGUUUUGGUAUUUCCUAAUCGGAUUAGUCAUUUUCAAUAUUCAUUUUAUGCCCAAGACGAGCCUAAAUUUGUAGCACAUUCCGUGACCAAUGUGUCAGAUAAUGUAGUUGUCGUGGAGAGUGAGAAAGAUGCUAAAGGGUUGGUCUCCUUCAUUGUUGAACAAUAA